AUGUGGUUCGCAAUAACCGUAGGAUUGGUGUUGCAGUUAUUAGUGCUUCUAUAUGUUUACCUAACGUAUCGUUAUCGGUAUUGGUUGCGUCAUGGUGUCCUCGACGUCAAACCUAAUCCUAUACUCGGUAAUUUAGGAUGUUUACUGCGCAUGCAAUGUACUUCUGCUCAUAUGAUACAAGCGAUCUACAACUAUCCCGAAGCUGGAGAUCGUCCUUUCGUUGGUAUUUAUCUUUUUCAUCGUCCGGCUUUACUGCUACGCGAUCCCGAACUGAUAAAACGCAUUCUAAGUAGGGAUUUUCCAAAAUUUUCUAAUCGGUUCUCAAACUCAGAUUAUUUUGGUGACCCUCUUGCCUCUCGGAAUUUAUUCUUUCUGAAAAAUCCUUAUUGGAAAGAAAUACGUUUGAAGCUGACUCCUUUCUUUACAAGUGGAAAACUGAAACAAAUGUGUUCGCUAAUCGAAGAAGUGGGACUUAAUCUCAAUGAAUAUCUCUUGAAAAUGCCUUUAAACGGCGAUAAGAUUUUCCAACUGGAGCUUAAGGAACUUUGCUCUUUAUAUACCACAGACGUUAUUGCAACUGUAGCUUUCGGUAUACAAGCGAAUUCUUUUAAAUAUCCGAAUGGAGAAUUUCGUCAUAACGGUCGUGAAAUAUUUCGUUUUAGCACUAGACGAGCUUUGAACUUAGGUGUUGUCUUCUUCUUGCCGUAUUUGGUUCCGUAUUUGCGCACAAAAGUCGUACCAACAAAACAAACGGAAUUUUUGCGAUCUACCAUGAAUCGCAUAUUGGAGGAGCGGGAGAAAUCUGGAAUGAAGCGUCACGAUUUAAUCGAUAUCUUGAUAGAAUUCAAAAAUCAAACCAAAAACCAACCAAGGCAAGAUGAUUUAAAAUUUGAAGGUGACCUGCUCGUGGCACAAGCGGCUAUAUUUUUUAUAGCAGGAUUUGAGUCAACAUCGACUACAAUGUCAUUUACUUUAUAUGAAUUGGCAAAAAACCCGGAAAUGCAAGAAAGACUACGCAAAGAAGUUUGCGAUGCUCUUAAUGAAAGCCGCGGAAAGAUCACGCAACAGAUCAUUGAGAGCUUGGAAUAUAUGCAAAUGAUUAUAGAUGAAACAUUGAGACUUUACCCUCCGUUACCUUUCUUAGAUCGCGAAUGCUCUUUGCCUAAAGGCCAGAGUUACUCCUUAGAGCCGUUCCAUUCGUUUUCAAUACCCGCAGGCAUGCCCGUUUAUACACCUGUCUACGCUUUACAUAUGGAUCCGAAGUAUUUCCCUCAACCUCACGAAUUUCAGCCGGAACGUUUUUCGCCCGAGCGUAAAAAAUUGAUAACUCCUUACACGUAUAUGCCUUUCGGAUUGGGUCCUCACGCCUGCAUUGGUGAACGUUUUGCUAUGUUACAAACAAAAAUCGGUUUAUUAAAUUUCUUACGUAAUCAUCGUGUGGCAAUGGGAGAGAAAAGUGUAAAUAGUAUUAUAUUAGAUCCAAAGGCUCUAAUCUUACAAUCCCAAGGUGGUAUACAUUUAAAUGUUAUACGAGACCCUUUAAAGUAUUAAACGAGGAAAGUAGUUUUUAAUCACUUUAAU